GGAUGUCAGGUGUUUUCCCGCUGCCGCGGAGCACCGAAGAAGCAUGGUACGAAAAAGUACUUGCACCAUGAGUGAGUUUCAGCAGGUGUCGCAAGGCACACCUCGUGACUACAUGGCUACGUUCCAACCGAAAGACAUACUAAACCACUCCCCUGAGGAACCAGAGUGGUUCAAUGAUUCCUCCGGCGCUUGUCCGGCAAAGAAAUCGACUCGUUUGUUCGGAGAAACAAUUCUAAGCUACUCGUUGGGUAUGCUGAUACUUUGUGUGUGUGGUAUAUAUAAAUGGAUGUGGUUUAGAGGAAGCACGGUACACCGCACGUUACUUACUACAUAGCACCCGUCAGUACACCGAAUACGAAAAAGCAGUAACGCAGUCAAUGAAAGCACCAUUCUAUAGUAGUACGCAGUAGAAGUCUACCGAAAGGAUGCAAGGCUGGCAGGCAGGACCCGUCCCUUACAUGGCCAUGCCGGCAUCGCCCACGGCGGCAACCUCGACCUGUGCCUGUUGCUGGGCAGCGAGCUCGGCGGCGGCCUGUGCUUGUGCGGCGGCAAGGGCAGCGGCCUGUUGCUGGGCUUCUUGUGCGGCCAAGAGGGCGGCGGGGUCGACCUCUUCCUUUGGCUCCAUGAUGGUGACGACGUCAUCGAGAGGGAUCUUGGGACCGAGCUGUCCCUUGGGGUCGUGGGGCAAGAAGAUGGAAACACGGAUUCCGAUGACUCCCUGUCGCAUCAUAACGUGUCGAACGGCGGUAUCGGUGUAUACCUGUCCGGCGUGUCCGGUCUUGAUCAUGUAACCGUCUCCGAACUUCAUUCCCUUGGCACGCUGUCCCCGGAGCUUUCCGGUGACAAUGACCUCGCAACCCUUGGCGGAGGCCUCCAUGACGAAUCGGACAACUCCGUAGCACGCACGUCGGACGGCGAGUCCUCCGAGGAGCUUGAACUUGAGGGACUCGGCCUGGGCCUGGGCGCAGAGGCCGCGGUUCUGGACGCGCUCGGCGUACAGCUCGACGGCGCCAUCGGCGAAUCCGAAUCGCUUCUGGACGACCGAGGUCAGCUCACGGAUGCGGCGUCCGUUCUCUCCCAAAACGUUCUGGGUGCGGGUGGCCCGGAUGAUGAUCUCCGUGCGGUGGGGGGUCGUUCGGACCUCGACACCGGCGUAACCGUCCUCGGCGAGCUCGGCAAUGAGCAAUUCGUUGAGUUCGGCGUAGAAGACUCCGUCGGCGACGAACUUGCGCUUGGUAGACAUGCGUCUGUUUCCUAGUCCUGGCAUCUUGUUGGUGGUAUACUUAUUUAGUUAC